CGUGACCUCAUUCAAGAGUACCAUGACGUUUUCCCAUCGUCGUUCUCGUACGCCGGCAUCCCAACGAUGCGCGACGUCGAACACUCCAUCCAACUUGUGCCUGACUAUCGUGUUCACCAUCAGGCACCCUAUCGACUCUCGAUCCCCGAGGCCACCGAACUCAAGCAUAAGCUUGAGGAGCUCCUGAGACUGGGUUUCAUUAAACCCAGCAGCAACUCCCCGUGGGGUGCACCCGUCCUCUUUGCUCGCAAAGCGGGUGGAACUCUCUGUCUCUGCAUCGACUAUCGCAGUCUCAACUGCUACACGGUUAAGAACAGCUACCCCAUGCCUCGUUCCGAUGAGUUGUUCGACCGCUUAGCAGGCAACCGCUUCUUUACGAAGAUUGAUCUUCGUAGCGAUUACCAUCCGAUCCGCGUCGUUGCAGCGGACCAGCCGAAGACAGUGUUCCGAUCACGCUUCGGCCACUACGAGUUUACAGUGAUGCCAUUAGGCCUCACCAACGCACCCGCUACCUACCAGAGGUCGAUGAACGACAUCUUCAAGGACAUCCUGGAGCAGUACGUUCUCGUCUACCUCAACGAUAUCCUGGUCUACAGUCGUACCCUUGAGGAGGACCUUAGACACCUCCGUGACAUCCUUGACCGCUUGCGCAGACAUGGUUUCUACGCCAAGCUGAGCAAGUGCCGCUUUGCCCAGUACAAAGUGGAUUUCUUAGGACACUACGUGUCUGACCAGGGUCUCCGCAUGGACGACGCAAAGAUCACUGCUAUUGCGGAGUGGCCCGUCCCCACAUCCCCCAAGCAGCUUCGCAACUUCCUAGGCCUUACCAGCUACUAUAGUAAUUUCAUCCAGGGAUACGCUCGCUAGGUAUUCCUACGUCCUUAGCACCACUAACACUG